GACAGAUUACCGAAACUGUGAAGUCUCCGCUUUGCGCCAAAGUAGUGCAGUCACAUUUCGCGCAUUCUGGAUAAGCAAGCCGUGGCGCAAGCUCAAAUAAUCACUCAGGUGUAAUUUACCUUAAGAGAAAAUUCUUAGCGAAAUGACGAAAUACGCUGACAAUUUGACAGCAUCACUUCUUACGUAAUUCUCUAAAUCCAUAUCUUCUAUCUAAAAACAUCCGCAGUUUAUGUGAUCUUGGCCUCCAUUGCAUUUAACAUCGUCAAACGGUAGACAGGUUUUAGUAAGCUUCAAUUUUCUCUAAAAAAUGAUGGAGCCUAGAUCUCCUGGGAUCAUUAUCGCAGAUGAUUACAAAGGUUAUCACCCUGAUUUCUUUUGCAUACCCAAAUAUUAUGAAGGUGCACUUGAAUGUGUCUUGUUACCUGGUGGGGUAAUAAGGGACAGAAUCGAGAGGCUAGCACAGGAUAUUGCUGAAGACCUAGGGAAUGAACCCGUUUGUGCUCUUUGUGUUUUAAAAGGAGGUUAUAAGUUUUUUACUGAUCUUAUUGACCAAAUAAAGAAGUAUAACCACUUUGCCACACGCAACACCAUACGUAUGUCAGUAGAUUUCAUCCGCAUCAAAAGUUACAAGGUAAAGGAUGAUAUUAGCGAUGAUGUUCAAGUUAUUGGUGUGGAUGAUUUAAGUGAAUUUACAGGAAAGAACGUCUUGAUAGUAGAAGAUGUUAUUGAUACUGGCCGUACCAUUAAAGAAUUACUAAGACUAUUAAAAACCUAUCAUGUGAAGUCUGCUAAAGUUGCAAGUUUACUCGUAAAACGCACAGCCGGAAAUUGCUACAGACCUGACUAUACAGGUUUUGAAGUUCCAGACAAAUUUGUUGUUGGGUAUGCCAUUGAUUACAACGAAUAUUUUAGAGAUGUUGAUCACGUGUGCAUCGUGAACGAAUAUGGUAAGAAGAAGUUUGGCACCAGCUAUCCGCAUAGAAAUGCUGUAAGGCAGUGAUAAUGUUUCUUUUUUGUGAAUUAGGUUUUCUGUAGCAGUAUUAUGUUUUUGAGUAUUUUAUCGUAGCUUCUCAUCUGUUCUGUCAACAAAUCCGAUUUUUUAUACACAUUUACAUAACUUCAAUGUAUAAUGUUUGAACUAUGUGGUGUGAUAUAUAACUAUGUUGAAAAUUUAGGCAUUCUUCUGAAUAAGCUUUACUUCUUUACCAGUAAAUGUUUUAUUUUUAUAUAAUUUAUUAAAAAUACCAUUUAGUAUAAA